GCCGUAACCAUGAAUAUUGAAGUAAUCGGGAGAUUAAGACCGCCAUCGCCUGGUGAAGGUAAAGUGGAAGUAGAAGUCGACAGGGAGAGAAAGAUGGUUAUAGCUGGACCACAGGUGAUGCAUUUCAAUUUUCAGUCAUUAUACCCACAGUCAACAUCCACCUAUGAUAUAUUCCGUAAAUCAGUGGAGAUAUUAUUAGACCUAUAUAUGGCCGGGUUUAAUAUCUGUCUUCUGAUUGGUGGAGAGAGUGGUAGCGGCAAGACGUAUACCAUGGCAGGAAUAAGUAGAAAUAAUACAGGGUUGGUGCCAAUGAUAUUUGACUACCUGUUCGCUAAAUUAACAGGAGAACAGUACAUGCCCGAGACCAGAGUUAGUCGUCAUGAUUAUAAAGUUAAUCUACAGAUGCUGGAAGUUUAUAAUGAACAGAUUAAAGAUUUACUUAAACCACCACGUAGCGGAUCAAAUUAUUUGAAACUAGCACAUUCUCCGAGAAAUGGGGUACAUGCGAAGGAUGCCACCUCACUAAGAAUUAAAGAUGCGAGUUCUGGUUCGUCAUAUUUUCAACAGGGCCUGGGACGGAGAACAGAAACUAUGACAGAUUUUGGUCCCGCAGAAAAACAUGCUACAACGUUAACGUAUAUAGAUCUAGAAGUGAAAGUUGGACAGAACCCGAAGCCGAAUCGAUCUCGGUUUAGUAUUAUAGAAUUACCUGGUGUUGAGAAACUAGCUGAUAAUGUCGAGAGAAUUCGACUAAGAGAAGGGCCUGCAUUAAGCCAGUCUCUGAUUGCAUUAAAUAGUGUUAUAACAUCACUAGCCAGUAAUCCUCAACCUGAACGCAUUAUAAAUUACAAACAGUCUGUAUUAACUCAACUAUUACAGGAAGAACUUGGUGGCAACUGUAAAACUCAGGCUAUAAUCUGUAUUAAACCAAGAACAGCUUUCGAUGUUUCCAACACACUUCUACGAUUCUGUUUAAAUCUAUCACAAGUUACAAACUUUCCUGUCGUUAAUGACAGUCUGGCACAGAAUUUAAUGACGAACUACAGAACAAAGGUGAUCGACAUGGAGCAGACGCGAUCCAGUCCCAUUUUAAUGACGACAAUGCCGACGUCAAGUAUGCCAAUAGGAUCGACUACCAUACCUAAUGUAACAACAAUACCAGCAUCGGUACCGGGAGGAACAAAUUAUAGAGUUGUUCCCCUUGGAAAUCAGGGUGAUGAUGAAAUACGAGCGUUACAGACAGAAAAUUUGAUAUUAAAAGAUCAAAAUGAAAGACUGCAGCAUCGUCUCGAAUCACUGACUGGGAAAUUUGGUAAUUUAUCAAAUACCAAAACUGAUUUAUCUCAGCAACUAUUAGCUAGUGAAGAGGAAAAACUCAAGGUAUCUCAGUCUCUAGUUGAGAUGCAGAUAGAGAAUAAUAAAAUAAAGGAAGAUGCAGAAGCCAUGAAAUUUGAACUCACCAACAAGAUUAUCACACUAGAAAAUCAGCUGAUGGAAGCCGAAAAUGAACGAGAUCGCCAUCUUAAAGGAGCUAAAGGAGCGAAAGAGAGGUUGGCUGAUAUGGAGAAAGAUCGUAAAGAUAUGGCGGAUGAAUACGUUGCACUUAAAGCAAAUUACUCAGCUUUAACUAAAGAACAUCACAGAGAGGUGUCCAGAAAUGAAGAACUGGCGAUUGAACUGUUGAAUCUGGUAAAUGCCAAGGCAGCACUGAUGAGACAAGUUCGUGUACUAACAAACGGCGAUACUACUGUUGGUGAUCCUAAUGCAGAAAUUGCUCGAAUCAAGGCACUAGUGGCCAAAAAUUCAAAUGGCCGAGUUCGAGUAGACGAUAUUAUCGGUAAUCAGAGCGAUCGUGAUGCUGCAGCUGACAACUUAUUAAGUAGAAAUCGGUUUUAUGAAAAUGAGAUUACACGAUUAAAGAAAGAACGAGGUGGUGACACGGAACGGCUAGAGGGCAGAUUGACUAAUUUAUAUAAAGAAUUAACACAAGCCAGGAAUUUAGCUCGUGAAAGACAACAACAAGUCUCCGAAUUAAAUGCUAAAGUAAUCAUACUUCGUGGUGAAAAUGAACAGCUACAAACACAACUCAACAGAAUGCAACAUAAAGCUAAAGAUCUGGGUGAAGAUUAUCGAGCAAGACUUGUGAAAUAUAUCGAAGAUAUCUCUGAAUAUGUGGACCAUGGAAGUGGAGUUCCAAACGCAGCUACGGAAGCCAGAUUACGCGAUUAUACUAACAGCAUGUUAAAGGAUAUCAGACGGUCCCAUCGAGAGCGAGAAAAUCAACUGAGUCACGCAGCACAGAAAUUUAAAGAUAGGGUCAAACAUCUUUUACAUAAAUAUGAAGAAGUUCUGGUCGGCUACAGAAAUCUCCGCCAAAUCUGUGAAGCUAAAGGAGUAUCUGAAGCUGAAAUGGGACCUGAUGAACAUCAUAUGAGUCUCGGAGAUGCAGAGAUCCAAUCGGCUCAUUUGAAGGAAAUCGCAAGAUUGAAAGCGGAAAUGUCGAAUGUAAGAUCAGAUUACGAAUCAACAAAAAUAAGGAGUGGUGGGUAUGGUGGUGAUAAAGAUGAUGGAGGUGGUGAUACGUGGGGUCAGCUACGUAAACAGAUGCGAGAAUUUACGUUAAACACACAACAAGGUUUAGAGCAAGAGAGAGCCAGGUUAUUGAGUGAAAAUGGCGUACUGCGGGAACAGUUACGAGAAAGCCAGGAUUAUAUUGAUAACCAUUUAGUCAGAUAUAAAGAAGAAAUUCUCCGUUUACGGCGAAUGUGUGGAAUACAGGAAGACUCCAUUUUAUUAACAGACCAGCAUAACUCAGCUCGGAUUAUUCGACACUGAACCGGUUGAACUAUUCCUUAUGUUAAUCCAUUCCUAUAUGGUCUUCUUGUAUAAAAUGAAAGCACUAUCCUAUUUGCUAGUCUUCACUGACCGACAAGAGAAAUGUAAUCAAUUUAAUCUUAAAAACAUGAUACCAGUUUUUCAUUUUCAUGCAUAAAAUGAAUGCCCAGUCCAUUACUAUUGAAGCUCAUCAUUUUAUGGAGAACUUGAUCUGUCAAUUAGCAUGCCAGGGCCCUGUUUCUCGAAAUCUUAACUAAAGAUAAAAUCCAAAUUUUAGUAGAUACUUCAUUUUUGAUUGGCUAAGCACUAAAAUCAAUCUAAUAUUAUCCAAUCAAAUUACUAAAAUUUGGAUUUUAUCUUAGUUAAAAUUCCAUGAAACAGGCCCCAGGAAUUUAGUCUCUUAAAACACAUUAAAUACAGUUCAAUUUAUAGUUUUUAAGUGGAGUAACAAGUAAAAUUUGAUUUAUAAAUUAGUAUUUCAAACAAUUUAAUCUUAAAAUAGAGGAAAAUGGAGAUAUGAAAAUUCUGGUCCUACCCAUCCCCUGAUGAAAAUCCUGAAUCCUCCCUAACAACUGUUGUGGGAAAUAAUGUCACAAAUAUAUGAGUCCUGUGAUGAACUAUUAAAGCUGUUGUGAUAUUUAUUUGUUAUCUGUAUGAUUGUUAUUUGUGAUAAUUUAUUUAUUGUAUUGUUUGUUGUACAUAUAAUAAUAAUUAAUUAAUUGCACAAUAUUCCAGAUUAAAAAGCAAAUAUAUACAAUCCAUAGAGGAUUUAAAAUAAAUAAUCUUAUUAAGAAGGGAAACAGAGACUUUUAAAUUGACAUAUCGGUCAUGCCAAUUACCGGCAUAUAAUAUAUGGCCGACCUCGAACCCAUGCUCUCAAUCCAUAAACAAGUUAUAAUAUCACAAACAUAAUAUAAAAUGUUUACUGUAUAAAACUUAAUAUAUAUUUUUGUAUAAUGUUUUUAUUUGGGUAAUAAUAAAUAUAAUCAAUAUAUUGUUAUAUUAAUGUUUAUAUUUGAUUAAUAAAUAUUAUAAU